AUGGUGGUAAGCAUGGAUAAUUUUUUGCUAUUUUUGAUAAAAACGUCUUGUAUUUACUGCUAAAGAAGAAUUCAGAAGCUUUGAAAAUGUAAAUAUUACCCAUUAGAAGGUUUUUCAGUGAGUGAGAACGAAGAACUUUUAGUUUUUUUACCUUUUAUUAUUCAAAAAUAUCUUUUAUGCUAAUUUUGCAAGUUGAAAAUUGUUUAUUAUGCUUUCACAAUUCAAAAUUUGCUACGUUUUUGUCGGUUGGACUUGUUUUUUGGCUCUUUUUACUUUUUCUGGUGAGUUUUAAUAGUUUGUUUGUGUUUUAUCUAGUGUAAUAUUGUGAAUAACAUCCAAUUUUAAACGAAUUUUCAGAUAUAUAUAGGAGUAUUUUACUCAGUUUUAUCAAAAAUUACAUUCAAAAUCACAUUUUUUUAUAAAAUUCCAGAUAUCAAUCCUCGAAAUGGGCACAAAGACCCAGCUGGAUCGACUGAUCCAAUCAAUCGCUGUCGUAUAUUAUGUUACAAUGACUACACUGGUGAUUCCUCUCACUGUAUAUUGCACUGCCAUUCUUUUGCUUGGGGUGUUACUUCUGCGACGGAUUUUCAAGUUUGAGUAAGUUUUUAUUAUAUUAUGUUCGUUUUGUUGAUGUAGUAAAAGUUUUGACAAAAAAUAUUACUCAUGACCCUAAAAUUAAGCCUAAAAAUAUUAUUCAUGACCCUAAUUCGAAGACUUUUAGUAUAUUGUACUACUCUCGUGCAUGUCAACUAAUGAUCGGUAUGACGAAUGAUUGUUGGACAUCAGCAGCCAAUUAUAUGGGCCUUAAAUUGACCGAAUAUGGGGAUGAUAUCAGUAAAAUCGCGAACAAACGGGUGCUUUUCCUAUGUAAUCACCUCUGUAUCAUGGAUAACUUUUGCCUAAUGACAGCUUUUCACAACAAGGCAGGAUUGGCACCUAAAGUAAGGUUUUUGUGCUUUCAAUACAUAAAAAUUUGAAAUAUGUUGUUGUAGGUUGUUCACAUAAUUCUGUGCUAUUUCUAAAAGCAAAUUUGCGGGGUUAGUGGCUCAGAAUUAUCUGAACAACUUUAAAGGGCUCAAAAUUAUUUGGACAACUUUAAAGGGCUCAAAAUUAUUUGAACAACUUAGAGGGGCUCAAAAUCAUUUGAAAAAAUUUAAGAGGCUCAGAAUUAUUUGAACACUUUUAAGGGGCUCAGAAUUAUUCGGACAACUUUAAGAGGCCUAAAAUUAUGUGAACAACUAUUAGUAACUCUACUUCUUAAUGCUUCAAAUUACAGUACCUCUGGCUGAUCUACAACGUCUACCGUGCCACCACAGUGGGCUUAACCUGGGCGAUUCACGGCGGAUUCUUUGUCAAUUUUGGGCCGGAAAAUCGACAGAAAGUCCUCAAAGACCUGAGGCAGUUUUUGUUGAAAAAGUAUUGGCGGCACGACUAUGGAUGGAUCGUCAUUUUCCCUGAAGGCGGACGACAUUACUUGAUCGAGGAAGCGGAAAGAAAGUUCGCGAAGAAGGUGGGGAUUGAGCCGUUUGAACAUUGUGCACAUCCACGGAUUGGUGCUGCUCAUACUGUGAUUAGUACGUGUGGAAUAAGCAACAAUGGUAAGGUUUUUGAGGUAUUGUAGGGCAGGGGUUACUUUGGUAGAGUAGAGUUACGGUAUGGUAGAGUAGAGUUACUGUAUGAUAUGGCUAAGGUAGGUAUGGUAUUAGGUUGUUCACUUAAUUCUGCGCCCUUUCUCAAAGCUAAUUUGUGGAGUACGGGGGCGCAGAAUUAUGUGUACGGCCUAAUAUUAAUCUGCUAUGGCAGGGUUAAGGUUUUUGUAAAAUACGAACAUUUUCCAGAUUCGAGCAAAACCAAUAUUACCACCCACCCACCGUUGGACUAUGUGGUAGACUGCACCCUAGGCUAUCCGAAUCGAGAAGGAAUUGAGUUUAAAAAUGCCAUUUUUGCUGAAUGGCCAAAUGACAAUCCAAAUGUGGCCAUUCACUACAAGAUCUACCCAAUCCAGUCAGAAUGGAAGGAUGAAAACAAGUUUAAGGAAUGGAUUUACGACCGGUAUGCUGAAAAGGUAGGAAUUUUGUUUAUAGAGGGGGAAAUGGUAAGGACUUUCUUUACAGAUUUUAAAAUGGCAAGAACUUUCUUUCCAAAACAGAAAGUAUCAAGAACUUUCUUUACAAAACUUAAAAUGGCAAAACCUUUCUUUACAAAACAUAAAAUGGCAAGAACUUUCUUUACAAAGUAAAAAAUGGCAAAAACUUUCUUUCCAAAACUGUUUUUUUGUAAAUUUAAAAAUUUUUAUUUUUAGGACAAGUUACUGCACAACUAUUACAAAACCGGAAAAUUCGACGAUUCCCAGCCUCGUGUGAUCAAGUACAAUCUCAUCUGCAACAUAUUAUGUCAGCUUUUCUGGUUCGGCGCCUUCUACUUUCACAUGUCAUGGGCAUACCCAUUAACGUCAUGGUUAGUUACUAGUACAAUAGGUUGUGUCAAGUCAAAACUUGUUGGUUUUUAG